AUGAUUAUCCCCGUCCGUUGUUUCUCCUGUGGCAAGGUUGUCGGUGACCUUUGGGAACGUUACCUGCAGCUUUUGGACGACGGUGUUCCAGAUGGCGACGCUAUGGACCAGCUUGGCUGCAGACGGUACUGCUGCCGGCGAAUGAUCAUGACCCACGUUGAUCUGAUCGAGAAACUUCUCCGUUACAAUUCCGCCGAGAAAGAUCGCUCCAAGGCUCAAGUAUAA